GCUUUUAUGGAAUUUUUCACAAAAACGCUAGAGCGUUCUGGUUAUAAUCCGAUGGCGGUACAGCUCACCCAGCCAGCUCCGGAUGCUAUGGACAGUAAUACCAUAGAUUGGUUUCGUGUAGAAGCGCAAGGCGCCGUUCUCAUAGACUGUCCCUCAUUGUUAGGAUCUUCGAUACUGGAACAAAAGCUGCCGGAUUUGAAACAGAUUCUUUGUGAUCACCAGGAAAGUGGUGUUUCGCGUGCUCAACAAUGCGAUCUGCUACUGAACUGUCUGGGCUUGGCAAUCCAUACAUUGUGUUAUAAUGCAGUGUAUAGAGAAAAUGGAAAAUCGGAAUUUUUCAAAGGUUCGUUUGCUUUUUUCUCAUCUUGUCAGUCAAACAAGUAA